ACAUUGUUAUUGGUUGACUGACAAUCAAAGAAAAAGAUAUUAUCCAUCCUUUAAAAAAGCCAUCCUUCUUCAUUAGCUCAAGAUGCAUGCACUUCAAAUUACUCAUUUCCAUUAAUCCACUAGCUUUCCUAUUCCUAACAUGGCAGAAAUAUUGGUAGGCAGUGCUUUUCUUUCUGCUUUUCUUGAGGUUGUAUUUAACAGGCUGGCUUCUCGUCAAGUUUUAGACUUCUUUCAUGGAAGGAAACUUGAUGAGAAGCUUCUGAACAAGUUGAAGGUGAAGUUGCGAUCCAUCAAUGCUGUGGUUGAUGAUGCAGAACUUAAGCAGAUUGAAAAUCAACUUGUCAGAGACUGGCUUUUUGAUGUCAAAGAUGCUGUGCAUGAUGCAGAGGAUCUCUUGGACGAAAUAGACUAUGAACUCUCCAAAUACCAAGUGGAAGAUGAAUCUGAAUCUCAAACCUUUACUCACAAGGUAUCAAAUUUAUUCAAUGUUACUUUCAGUUCACUUAACAGAAAAAUUGACUCAGGGAUGAAACAAGUCCUUGAGAAACUAGAAGAUCUUGUGAACCAAAAGGAUGAUCUUGGUUUGAAAGAGGUUACAUAUUCUGGUGUUGGAUCAGGUAAUAAAGUUCCACUGAAAUUGGAGUCAACAUCUUUGGUUGUUGAAAGUUUUUUUUAUGGUAGAGAUGACGAGAAAGAAAUGAUCUUUGAUUGGCUGACAUCUGAAAUUGACAGUCAUAACCAGCUAUCAAUAUUUUCUAUUGUGGGCAUGGGUGGAGUGGGUAAGACCACGCUGGCACAACAUGUAUACAAUGACCCACGGAUGGAAGAGACUAAAUUUGAUAUCAAAGCUUGGGUCUGUGUUUCAGAUGAUUUUGAUGUUUUGACAGUGACAAGAACAAUUCUUGAAGCAUUCACUGGAUUAAAAUAUGACAAUGGAAAACUAGAAAUGGUUCAUAGAAGAUUGAAAAUAGAACUGACAGGGAAGAAAUUUCUUCUCGUUUUGGAUGAUGUAUGGAACGAGAGACGAGAGAAUUGGGAAGUUUUACAAACUCCUCUUAAUUUUGGGGCUCCAGGGAGUAGAAUUCUUGUUACAACACGCAGUGAGAAAGUUGCUUCUGCCAUGCGGUCUCAUAAAGUUUAUCACCUAAAGCAAUUACAAGAAGAACAUAGCUGGCAAGUUUUUGCCAAACAUGCAUUCCUAGAUGGUUAUCCUCAGUUGAAUGAUGAGAUGAAGGAGAUUGGUGCACUAAUAGUUAAAAAGUGCAAAGGAUUGCCACUGGCCUUGAAAUCAAUUGGAAGUCUUUUACAUAAGAAAUCUAUUUCAGAAUGGGAAAGUGUAUCACUAAGCAAGAUAUGGGACUUACGGAAAGAAGAUAGUGAAAUUAUCCCUGCCCUAUUUUUGAGCUAUCACCACCUUCCGUCUCAUCUCAAAAGGUGCUUUGCUUAUUGUGCAUUAUUUCCCAAAGAUUACAAAUUUGACAAGGAGGGUUUAAUUCAAUUGUGGAUGGCUGAAAAUUUUCUACAAUGUCUUCAAGAGAGCAAGAGUCCAGAAGAAGUCGGUGAACAAUACUUUGAUGAUCUAUUAUCAAGAUCUUUCUUUCAACGGUCAAGCAAAUCAGAAAUUUUUGUCAUGCAUGACCUUCUAAAUGAUUUGGCAAAAUAUGCAUGUGGGGACAUCUGUUUUAGGUUGGGAAUUGAUAAAGCAGAAAGUAUACCAAAAACAACCCGUCAUUUUUCAUUUGGAUUCAAUGACCUUCGAUCUUUCGAUUGGUUUGAAAGUUCAUAUUAUGCUGCUAAAAGGUUGCAUACAUUUAUUCUAAUGCAGGAGGUAGGGUUUUUUUUCUUUGAUUGGGGGUGCAUGAUUUCAAUACAUGACUUGUUCUCCAGGUUUAAAUCUUUACGCAUCUUAUCUUUGUCCCACUGUUUUAACCUUAGAGAUGUUCCGGACUCUCUAGGCAAACUUAAACAUCUUCGUUCAUUAGACCUUUCAAGUACUGACAUAAAAAAACUACCCAAUUCAACUUGUUUGCUCUAUAACUUGCAAAUUUUGAAGUUGAACAAUUGUCUCAGUUUGGAGGAGCUUCCCACAAAGUUGCAUAACCUUACUAAUUUGCGUCGCCUUGAAUUUGCAAAUACACAAGUGCAGAAGACGCCGAAGCAUUUGGGAAGACUGAAGAAUCUUCAAGUAUUGAGUUCGUUUUGUGUUGGCAAAAGUAGUGACCUCAGUAUUAAGCAGUUAGGAGGACUCAAUCUUCAUGGAGGUCUGUCAAUUGAGGAGUUGCAAAAUAUUGUGGAUCCCUCGGAUGCAUUAGCAGUGAAUUUUAAAAAUAAAACUCACCUUGUGGAGCUAAAGUUAGAAUGGAAUUCAAACCGGAUCCCUGAUGAUCCAAAGAAAGAAAAGGAAAUAGUUCAGAAUCUACAACCUUCGAAACACUUGAAGGAUUUGUCGAUCUAUAGCUAUGGUGGUACACAAUUUCCAAGUUGGUUAUCAAAUGUGAAUGUAGUGUCCUUACGGUUGGUGCAUUGUAAAUAUUGCCUAGUGUUGCCUCCCUUUGGUGUUUUGCCAUUUCUCAACAAGUUGACGAUUAUAGGGCUUGAUGGGAUAGUAAGUAUUGGUGCUGAAUUUUAUGGGAGUAGCUCUUCUUCAUUUCCAUCCUUAGAAACAUUGCAGUUCUUGGAUAUGAAGGAAUGGGAAGAAUGGGAAUGUCAAGCUGCUGCUUUUCCACGUCUUCAAUUUCUUGUUGUAGUGGAUUGUCCCAAGCUGAAAGGUCUUCCAGUUCAACUUCUUCACGUAAAAAAUGUAGAAAUUCGUGAAUGUGGAAGGCUCAAAAUUAGUGAACAAAACAUGGAAGCAUUGUCGCCAGAAAGGUUUCAGCAAACAGUAUCUAAUACAUCUCUUGAAGUGUUGCGCAUUUAUGACUGCCCAAAUAUGAAUAUUCCCAUGAGAUGUUGCUACGAUUUCCUAGUAACAUUGGUGAUCUCAGCUUCCCACUCUCUAACGACCUUUCCACUAGAAGUGUUUCCAAAACUCCAUUCACUUGAACUUUGGCACUGUUGUAAUUUUCAAAUAAUUUCACAGGAACACACUUGUAAUAAUCUCAAGAAUCUGAAAAUUAAUGACUGCCCCAAAUUUGAAUCAUUUCCUAGUGAAGGAUUAUCCGCACCCUUGCUAGCGAAACUUAGUAUUUGGAAAUCUAAGAAUCUGAAAUUAUUGCCUAAACGCAUGCAUACCCUUCUUCCAUCUCUUACUGAGCUUGAGAUAGAUGAUUGUCCAGAAGUGAAGAUGUUCUCAGAUGGAGGUUUGCCAUCAAAUCUGAAAAGAAUGGAUCUCUUAAAUUGCUCCAAACUUAUUGCCUCACUGAAAGGUUCUUUGGGAGCCAACACCUCUCUAGAAAUCUUGUCUAUUCAGAAGGUUGAUGUGGAGUCUUUUCCCGAUGAAGGUUUUCUGCCACUCUCUCUUACUUCUCUACAAAUACAUGAGUGUCCAGAUCUUAAAAAACUGAACUACAAGGGUCUCAGCCACCUCUCCUCUCUCAAGGAAUUGAAUAUUUAUUUCUGCCCCAACCUCCAAUGCUUACCAAAGGAAGGUCUUCCCAUUUCCAUUUCAACCCUUCAAAUUCUGUAUUGUCCAUUGCUCAAACAGCGUUGCCAGAAACCAGAAGGUGAAGAUUGGGAAAAGAUUGCUCUCAUUAAAAACAGGAAUAUUUUCUAGUAAGAUGCACCACAACCACAAGUUUGAAAUUACACAUGCAACAAUUCUCAUAUUUUGCCUCUUCAUCAGGACACUAGGACAAAUGUGAAGGCAGGGAAGCGGAAAAGUUUUGGAACGUGGCAUCCAUAUUACUAUCCCUUUCUAUAUCUAGAGGGAGUAGGGGACAUUCUAUUAAGCGGGCCCUGGAUUCUCGGCUGAAUGCUGUACGGAGUCCUUAUUUCUUUAGUGAUCUUCUUCUUGACCAUCAAUUCUGUCUUGCUUUUGUGGAAGUAAGUGCUCCAUGUGGUCUAUAUUGGCUGGUUACUCUUUUAGAUGUAGUCUAUGUGCUUCUACCCUAUUUCUCAUAUAGGUCAUUCAAAGUUGGUCUCUACCAAAGUACCAUGCUAUUAUACACAGAAAACAAGUAGAAAGGCUUAAAAUUGGCCUAUCUGAUGAUGAGUUUCAAGUCCAAGGCAAACUACUACAUCUGAGAGAGAGAGAGAUUGAAGCAACCGGAGUUGUGAAAUGUAAAAUUUUUCUAGGCAUACAUUCUUAGAACUUUAAAUUGUAUUUGGUUUCUUGCUGAGUUGGGAAGUGACAUUGAAGUAGUGAGCAUUGCAUAGAGCUUUUUUUAUUUAUUAUUUAUUUAUUUAUUUAUUUAUUUUUUACUUUUCUUUCUUCGGUUUCCAUUUGUUUAUAAGAUUGCAAAGGCAGGACUUGUGUAGCAGUCACCUGAUGUUGAUAGGCUAUGUAAAGAUUUUGUAAUUGUUGUAACAAAAAUGGCCCUUGUAUUUGCUAAUGGAAAAAGCAUUAGAUAUCUUGCAAUAAAUUUUCUG